AGUGGUUAUUGACUGAAUGUGGUCAUCCUCAGACCGGUGGAGGAGACGGAUCGCACCGUGGUUGGACUCGGCCGCGCAGGACUGGGUUGGGCUGCAGGACGAGCGGCGGUGGACGCUGUUGCGCGCUCGGUGCGCGGAGCCUCCUGCAGCUGCUGGAUUCACAGUAUGAUCCCAGAUCAUACAACAUGGUUUGGCUGAUUUUCGCACGCACCCUUGGACAGUUAAAUGUGGACGCGGGGAGGACGAGGGACGUAGUUGCAAUGGAUUAAUGAGGCGUGCACAUGGGCUUGGGUUUUUUUCCCCCUGAGAUUAUUGGCACAUCAUAUACAUACAUAUAUGCAUCACUCUGCCUUGGCCAUGGAGAACCAAGAAGCCGAGCCGCAGAAUCACGAAGACGUGCAGAAAAGCGGCUACCUCCGCAAGCAUAAAUCAAUGCACCGGCGGUUCUUCGUGCUGAGGGCGGCCUCGGAGCACGGUCCUGCUCGGCUCGAGUACUACGAGAACGAGAAGAAAUUCCGCAGUAAAUCACCCGUGCCCAAAAAAGUCCUCAGCCUGGAGACAUGCUUCAACAUCAACAAGCGGGCAGAUUCCAAGAACAAGCACAUGAUCGUCCUUUAUACCCGCAGCGAGAGCUUUGCCAUCGCCGCGGACAGCGAGGAUGUCCAGAACGAGUGGUACCAAGCGAUGCUGGACCUCCAGGGAAACUGUAAAACUCCUGAAGACUACGGCAGUAGUGGAGAGUGUAGCUCCCCGUCUCCUAUUCCAACCGUCAAAGAAGUAUGGCAGGUCAAGGUUUGGCCGAAAGGUCUUGGGCAUGCCAGGAACUUAGUGGGCAUCUACCGGCUGUGCCUCACUGACAAGACGGUCAACUUUGUCAAACUCAACUCCGAUGUGUCAUCUGUGGUGUUGCAGCUGAUGAAUGUUCGCAGGUGUGGCCAUUCAGAGAAUUUCUUCUUCAUUGAGGUGGGCCGCUCUGCGAUUACCGGCCCUGGAGAGUUCUGGAUGCAGGUGGACGACUCUGUGGUGGCCCAGAACAUGCACGAGACACUGCUGGAGGCCAUGAAGGCCCUAAGUGAGGAGUUCCGUCAGCGCAGUAAGUCUCAGUCUGUGGGGACGUCGUGCGGGGGCGGUACAGCUUCAAACCCCAUCAGCGUCCCGAGCCGUCGACAUCAUCCAAAUCUGCCACCGAGCCAGGUGGGCUUCACCAGACGUGCCCGCACGGAGACCCCUGGAACGGGAGGCAGCAGCACGAGCACGUCGCCCACGUCGCGCCACGGAUUCCCGAGGGCGCGGACUGCCAGCAUCGGGGCCCGGUCGGAGGAGGGCGGAGCGAGUGCCAAGGGGACAUGGGCCAGCUCCAGCCCGAGUCUUAACGGCUCCUGCUCAACCACCCCAACACUGAGGACCAAACCCACCAGGGCCCCGACUCCUGCUAAGAUCACCCUCAGCCUUGCACGCUACACGCCUAACCCUGCGCCUUCUCCUGCGCCCAGUCUGUCCUCCAGCUCCGGCCAUGGCUCAGAGUGUGGCCUGGUUGGGGCAGCAGUGGGGGGCAUGACGAUCUGCUCCUACCCUCGUGUUUCUCAGAGAGUUUCUGUUUCAGGAUCGCCGAGCGACUACGGCUCCUCAGAUGAAUACGGCUCCAGUCCCGGGGAACACUCUCUGCUCGUACCCAGUCUGUCUGGACAGCCCGUGCACGGGGAAGGCUCCUCCAGCUACAUAGUGAUGGGACAGCGAGAGGGCCUCCUCGGCUCCCAUCAUCGCUCAAAAGGCCGACGAAUUCUGCGACGCUCGUCAAAUAGGGAAUGUGAGGCCGAACGCAGACUAUUAAGCAAAAGAGCUUCUCUGCCUUUGGCGGCGCACGAACGUCUGACCCCGCAUAGAAAAGAGGAAGACGAUGAAGACGAUGAAGAGUAUGCCAUCAUGUCGCAGAGUGCUAAUCGAGAGAGGGCGGGCUCCGGGGGUUUGGCAGCUGCGGGUGGGCAGCUCGACGCAGGAGGGAAAAAAAGAGGCAAGAGGGCUGACAAAAGCAUGCGAGAAGUGGAAGGUGGGGCAGCGACGGAUAGCGGCUAUAUGUCAAUGUUGCCGGGGGUCACUUCUCCCCCCGUUCCGCUCUCUCUCUCCAUAGGUAUGUCUGACGCCAGAGCUAAACCUGGGGCAGAUGACGAGUAUAUGGCCAUGACCGCCAACAACAGUGUGUCCCCCCCCCAGCAUAUCCGCCAGCCCAGCACAGAGGGCUACAUGGUCAUGUCUCCCAACAGCAGCAGCUCCACGGACCUGCACGGACUGGCUAUGUGGGACAGCAGGGCCAGCGUGGAGAGCCAGGCUGCCAGUGACUACAUGAACAUCUCGCCUGUGUGCAGCCGCUCUGCCUGCAGCACGCCGCCUUCCCACCCCGAACAGCACCAACUGCAACCAAAAAUGUUCAAUUCCUACUUCUCUCUGCCAAGAGCUUAUCAACAUACUCUCUACACUCGCUUUGAGGAGGACUUAAACAAAGGGGAGGGGAAAAAGGACGGUGGUGGGCAUCACGGUGCUGGAAGGGGAGGGGGAGCGGGAUACAGCAAGAGAAACAAAACCGCAGCGGGAUCUGCUGGAGGCUGUCAACUCUCCAUGUCUUCCUCUUCCUUCUCCUCCAGCUCCGCCAGCAGCGAGAGCCUGGAUGACAAGUCCAUGUCGGCAGGGAGAGGGUUGAGCUUAGUAAGGACUGCAGCGUGCACAAAAGAUGGCCGCCAUCAUCAAAAAUGGGGAUCAAGUAGUAAGAGCCCAAAGGAACAGAGGAGGUGUCGUCCGGUCAGCAUGUCUGCAGACGUUGUUAAAGCAAACACCCUUCCGAGGGUGAAGGACAACCUGCUGCCAUCCGCGUCACAGAAUGUCGGUGAGUAUGUCAGUAUUGUGUUCAAGGAGGACAAUAAGUAUGUCAGGGGGCGAUGUUCUGUGUCAGAACGUGGACAACCUAUGAUUCAUGGAACCCUGCGGCCUUUGAACCGACCCCUCCUGUGCCACGAUAAUCCCGCCAACCUUCCUCGCAGCUUUUCAGCUCCGUUGUCCACCGCCGCUGAAUAUGUCAGCAUGGAUUUAGGGAAUUCUUCAUCUAACCAAAGGCCCCGGAUUUCUGUAAGAUCCACAUUCAGCACCCCACAGGACCCACCAGCUGGUGCCCCCAAGGGCCGCCAUGAACACAGCAAGUCCUCCCCUCCGGCGGCAGAGGUCAACGCCGGGUACAGAGCAAAAGUAAAGAUGACAGCAAUGACAACAGACGCCCCAACUGCAUUCAAGGACAAGAAAGGUUCAGAUCCCAGCAUCUCAGCAAGACCUGGUCAGACCUCAUCCACAGAGCAGGAGACAAACUCGGGCUUCUCCGCAGUCAAGUCCUACAAGUCUCCCGAGCGCGGCGGCAGAUUGGCCCGAGGCGACUCGCAGGGCCGCCCGGGUCACCUUUCAGAGCCAUUUAACUCGCCUUCCUCCCGCCCUCGUCAUCCACCCUCUUCUACCUCCAUCUUCCCGGAGGGUAGCCAGGCGGCGAGCCAUCGGCACGGUUUGGAUUGCUCAACGUGGGAGAACAGGCAGGCGCCUAGUUUAUCUGCCACACCUCCACCACAGGCCUCCACCUCACCUGCUCAACAGGGCCUUAACUACAUUGACCUUGAACUGGCCAUUAAGGAGAGCCCUCAAGCCGGAGAGGAGCACACCUCCGCCGCCUACAACAUAGGAGGAAGCGCCAUGGGCAGCGGUGCCGCCCCCGGCAUCAAUACGUAUGCCAGUAUUGAUUUCUAUAAGUCAGAAGAACUGCGAGCACACCAGGGAAGUAGAGCGGAUGGUCAGGAUUGUUGGUCUCCAACAGAUUGUUGAGGGGGCGGCCGGCGGCCCGAUCUGUUGCCACAACACAACCGUACCCGGAGUGUGAACACUGAAAACCCUGGAAAACUCCUCCUCGUCCUGGUGGCUGUUUUCAGUCAACCAAAUGUGUGCCAAACACACACACACACACACACACACAUAGGCUGAGAAAAAACGUUUUGUUUUUGCCUCGAUUUGAACCAAUAUGACUUUUGAUCACCUUUUAGCUUAAUACAGAUAAAGAAUGACACGUUGAUGCGUGACUGUGGGUGACUUCUCAGGUGGCCAUUCUGGCAAUACAAAUGUCCAUCUGUGCAUAAUAAAUUAAAAUAAUUGUUAAUUUUACACACAAUCUUUCAAACCAUCCUAAACCAUUCUAGGCUGCACUCCGGAGUGUUAUUUAUUAAGUGCCAAACUUGAGCUUCAUGUUUUUAUAUAUCGUCCUUUGUCCAUGUGUAUUAAGUUAAAUGAUCAUCAGGUGUCAUUUUGAAAAGGGAAGGAAAUACAGAUUGAAAGAGGUUUCAUACACUUACACAUUCUCUGUCACUGUUAAAGUCAUUGGUUUAUUACAUACAGUUGCCCAAAAAAGCCUUUAUACUUUACCACUUUUCUUGUGCUAUACUGUUUGAUUUCUGAGGUACAAUUAGGUUCAUAUUAUUGACAAUUACAUAACGACAUACACAUUGAAUUGACAUUUUUCAUUUGUUUCCGUUUUUCAAAUAAGGGGAAAUUGGUUGUGUUGAAAUUCCACACAUCUGAUAUAUUCUUUAUGAAAUAUUAAUAACAGUAUAUCCUAGUAUUACAAAUUCCUUUUCACACAGCAUUUGACAUUGACAUCUCUUGUACUCUGAGCUGAGCUUUAGGUUGCGGUUGAGGGAUGAGUUUUUUUUUUCCUUUCAAAAAUGGUCGUGAUGUAAUUCAGUGUUUUCCUACACAGUACAAACAGACGUUUUAUUCCUAAAUCCUUCAACGUGCACUCACACAGGAUACGUGCUUAUACAGCCCCACCUUUGAUUUUUCACAAACAAAUCAUGAUUUAGUCAAGUCCCGUAGCUCAUCCUCGAAAGCUGCAGGUAAUAUUAGUUGAUGUAUUUCAGUGGUAUUUUGGAUAUUUGGUGGAGUCAUUCAUACGGUGGGGUGUAAGGAAUGAAGGGAACGUUCAUUCACCUGUCGCCUCAGUGAGACUUCUGUCCUUUUUGUAGAAUGUCUGCCCCGUUUUAUACAAUUAUAGUUUUUAACUCAAAAUAAAACUGAACAUAUUGAACACAUUUACUAAUACUUCAAACCUUCUGUAACUGCAAUCAACAGAAAAAACAUUCAAUCAUUUAAUUGGAUCAAAAGGGAUGCAUACACAAACAGCAAUGUAUUCAAUGAUCACCGUGUGCAACAUUGCAUAAAAAUUGCCAAAUCAACAUAAUGUUCUUCUGCUAUGCUUGUAAACAGCUUAAUCUAAUUGGCUUCAAAUGCGCAGCAAGGACAAUAAUUAAAUUGUACGUAUAUAAAUGUUGUCACUGAGGGGACGUGAUAACAGACUAUUGAAAAUAAAACAGCCUGGGGGGCUUUCAAAUGAUUGUUAAUGAAAAUCAUUUGGGUAGGGAGGGGCCGACUCAUUUCUAAUUUUACAAAACAACCUUACUCCCCCCAUAUCUCAGUAUAAUAUAUGUAUUUUGACAAUGACAGCAAAAUGGUAAAUAGUCUUUAUUGUUCCACUCCUUAUUUAUUACACCAAGAAUGAAUCUGAGAUGCUCAAAAUGCCCACAUAGGAAGUCGUAGAUAUAGAUUUUGACUAGAUAAUAAUACAUUUGACUAGAUAAUAAGCAAUGUUAUUUUUCCCAGCUGGAAUUUUCAAAUUUCACACAACUGUAUCAAUGACAGUAUAACAUAAUGUAGCUUUUUGAGUUGACGCAGACCAAAUAAGCUCUUGCAUUUAAACCAUUUUGUAGUGCAAAAAGUUAAAAAAGUAAGAGUGUAAAUACUUUUUUGGGGCAACUGAGCUUUAUUAUAUGUGUAUUUAUACUAUACUACAGUGUACAAGUAGAAUGAAACUAUGAAACUAUAGUACGUGCUGUAGUCAGUUUUCCUCAUUUUCACAAUUCUAAUAUAAAGUGACACAUUACAAUGGUAUAUCAAAUAUACAGCAUACAUAUGAUUAUUACUAUAUAGCCUAGAUAACUAUAUACUCUUUUAUAAAGUGCCUCAUUUUUGAUUGUAGCUGUUUUUACACAGGUAAUCUUAAAAUGGGUUGUGAAAAUGGAAAAAAGUGUUGUUUAUCUCCGGAGUCUAAAUUGCGAAUAUGUCGAACUUAACAGAAGACAGAUUGGACACUUAUAUUGAUAUCAGUCAGCCAUAAUCAAAUUGCCUUACUGUGUUUAUGAGAAAGAUGAAGAAAAAAAAAAAACGUUCUAUUUUUUUGCAGUGCCUAACACUUCAGCCACAAUGUAAGCACUCCAUCACUCUUUUCUUUGGCUUCGUCACGCUACGGUUCGGCCAAAAAGAAACAGAAGAAGAAGAAAAAAGAUCAUCAUUCGUUUCACACACUCGGUUUCAUUCACUUCAGGCCCCUUAUUGUGUUUUCAUUUUGAACUAUCCACUACCAGCCGCCCACUUGCUCGGUGUAAAAGCUGACGCCACGUUGCAGCCGGGACGUUCCACACGGAGCAGAUUAUCAGUAGACACAUUGCAGCCAACAAGUUGCAGAGAGAAAAUGUUACGAAUGAGUCUGAGGAUUCUGCAUUGUAAAGAAUUUGAUGUCAAAUCGUAUUUUGAAUGACUUUCCUGUUUUUUUUACACCCAGAAGAAAUGAAUGGAGUUACCGGUGUCUUGUAUAUAAAAUAAGUUGUCCCCUUCUUACUCAAUGCAUCACAGAAAAGGAAAUGCGUUUUCCAAUUCACUUGCAGUAUAUUCUGAACCCCCAAAAACACUCAUGAAAGGAGACGAUUGUAACUCCUCAGUGCAGCAAUUGCUGGUGUGUGAAUGCUGAUGCGGGGCUAAAACAGCAUUAACACGCCUGCGUGCGGCUGUUAUUUGGAUGUGGAUUAUCUGGACGGGGAUUCGGUUCCCUGAAUCGUGCUACUUCUCUCUCGUUUUUUCUCUAACACUCAAACACUGGACUUGGUUGAAACUACGAGUGCCAUUCCUGCUCACCCGCAUUACUUUGUCAUUUAUUCCAUUGACAACAGGCUGCUGCUGCUGUCAAACAAAUUGCCAAAAAAAAGUCUGACAACAAUUCAAAAGUCUACUAUGAAGAUAGUUUUUUAAAAAGUUGUCACGGAAUCAGCCACAGCUGAUUUAAAAAAAAAUAA